AUGCCGACAUACAAAGUACCAACCGAUGUCUUGACACCUCCUGAAGAGGAUCGUCCCAAAGAAUUGGAAGAUGCACACCACGAAAUCGGCCAUGCUGGAGCUGAGCAUAUAGUGAGAUACCUUCAACACACAAAAGGAAUGCACUGGAACACCAUUUUGCAAGAUGCGGUAGAACUCGUAAAGUCAUGCCCUGGUUGCCAAAAGUUCAACAUCGCGAAAAAAGGCUUCCAUCCCUUGCGACCCAUCUAUUCAUACAUACCAGGAGACCACUGGGCGAUCGAUCUUGCCACGUUUGAUACAUCAACCUCUGGCAAUAACUUCAUGUUAGUAAUGGUCGACGUAUGCACUCGCUUUUGUAUUCUCAGAGCCAUACCUGAUAAAUCUGCUGAUACACUUGUAAGAACAAUGAAACAAAUCUUUUGCGAUUUCGGAAUACCACGAGUCAUCCAAUCUGAUAAUGGAACCGAAUUCAAGAACUCCCUCAUGAAGAAGCUUGUGAAUAGCUUGGGUAUCAACCACAGGCUCACCACACCAUACCAUCCACGAGCAAACGGUACAGCUGAACGCUGGGUACAAUCGGCCGUACAGGUCAUUAAAAAGAAGCUUGAAGGUGCUAGCCGUGAUUGGGACUAUCACGUACCUCUCACACAGUUGCAGCUGAACAUGCGUAUAUCGAAACGCUUGCAAUCGUCGCCUUUCUCGCUCAUGUACGCUCGUGACGUGAACGCAUUCCGUGACUAUCGCAAAGAUACAUCGACACCUGCUACUCCCAUGUCGUACGAAGAACUCGUCAAUCGACUCGAGCACAUGCAGAAGGUUGUGUUUCCAGCUUUGAAAGAAAGAACGGACGCGUACGUAAAAAAUCAAAAGGAGCAAUUUGAUUCCACGCACCAGCUCACGAGUUUUCCCGAGCAAAGUCACGUCAUGGCUAAAGUGCAUACACGUGGUAGCAAACUUGCACCUGUAUACGAAGGUCCAUACACUGUCUUACACAAAACCGAAGGUGGCUCAUACAUCUUACAAGAUGAAACCGGUGCUUUAAUGCCACGCGAUUAUGCCCCUUCUGAACUCAAGUUGAUUUCCGUUAAGGAUGUUGUAUCAACCGAUGACUUAUAUGAAGUCCAAGCUAUCAUCGAUCAUCGAGGCGAUGAAGGCCACCGUGAAUAUCUGGUACGAUGGAAGGGCUAUACCCCUGAAGAUGAUACAUGGCAACUACCAGAGGACUUCACUGAUCCUGAUUUCAUCCAGCAAUACUGGAAACGACGUGGUGAAAAGCAACACGAUGUUGCUCACAAUACCAAACGUGCUACGUCAUACAAACGCAAAGCACGUGGCCAAAGCACAGGCCAACGUCGAUCCAAACGCAACAAGCAAUAA